CAGUGACGUCACUGAAAAACAAGCGCGGUACAAGUGGCAGAAGGUGCAGCGCCUGUGAAGUGAAAACUGCCCGAGCGCGUUACACGCUUCUAGCGAACGACAGAGAAGAGAUGUCUAAAAGCGUUAAAAAGCUCACUGGGCUCGUGGCAGCUACGUUCACACCGCUCACUGCAGAAGGGGAGAUCAAUCUCUCUGUAAUUGGACCGUACAUUGAUUACUUAAUAGAGAAGCAGAAUGUCAAGAGUGUGUUUAUUAAUGGCACGACAGGUGAGGGCUGUUCUCUAACUGUGGAUGAAAGAAAGCAGCUUGCUGCAGCUUGGUGCAAACAUGGAAAGAACAGGCUUGAGCAAGUAAUUGUUCAUGUUGGCUGCAUGAGCAUAAAAGACUCUCAAGAACUGGCUCGGCAUGCAGCCAGUGUAGGGGCCGAUGGCAUAGCAGUAAUCUCUCCUUCCUAUUUCAAACCCAUUAAUGCAGAUGCAUUGAGGUUGUAUAUAAAAGACGUUAGCGCCUUUGCUCCAGAUCUUCCGAUGUAUUAUUAUCAUAUUCCAAGCAUGACUGGUGUUGCAUUGGAUGCAGCUGAUGUGCUAAAUGGGAUAGAGCAGAUGAUCCCCUCAUUUCAGGGAGUGAAGUACACUGGGUCUGACCUAAGGGAUCUCGGACAGUGUGUCUGUUACAGUCAGUCCCAUAACUGGUCUGUCAUGUUUGGAAUAGAUGAGCAACUCUUGGGAGCUUUGGUUUUAGGCGUUCAUGGAGCAGUAGGGAGCACAUAUAACUACCUCGGACGCACGGUGAACCAGAUGCUUGCUUCUUUUGAGAAUGGCAACCACAUGCAGACCAGAGCACUGCAGUUUGAAAUUAUGAACAUUAUCACAUUUGCUAAAAACCUUGGUUUUGAUGUGUCUGUGAAUAAGCAGGUGAUGAGUGAAGUGUCAGGGUUAGCUCUGGGUCCCCCUCGACUCCCUCUGCUGCCAUGUCCUGUCUCCAAGGCCCAGGCUAUAGCACAGAAAAUCAAGGACUUCUCUCAGGGCCAUUAAAGUGAAAGACAUUUCACUGAAUGUGCCUGAAACUCCAAACAAAUCAUUUUGUGUUGUUAGAUAUCUGCAGACUGUACCACAUUUUUACACUACAGUAUAUUGGUGUACUGUACCUUUUUUUCAUACUUUAUACUUGCCUUUCCUUAUUAAUGUUUUGUUUUUUAUUCCCAGCACAUGUAAUGUCAUUUAGCAUUAUGUUUGCUCUAAUUAAUAACACCAACAAAUAUUGGUGAACCUACUUGAAUUACCCAACUAAUAAUCCUUAACGUUACUGAUUUAUUUACACUAUGGUAUACUGGAUCUUGUAUGCGCUUUUAGUUUUGCACAUUUUGUUUGUUCUUGUUUUGUGUUAAAAAGCAUGCAUGUUUUUAUUCUUUAAUAUUGUAUUAAUUACCUUCUUUUAACUGAUGUUGUAAUUGUUCCAGGCUGCUGAGGCAGUGGUUGCUGGACCAGCCAUAUCACCACUGUUCCCUUAAGCAAGACUCUUACAAAAGUAUUUCUAUGUGAUAAAUGGCAUUACUCAAAGUAUCAUAAAAUCUAUUUUCUCUGGAUGUUAUAUUUUAGAUGGGAAGAUUUCAUUUGAAAAAAUAGAUAACUCAAUAUGUAACAAUUCUCAGAAAUCAUUAUUAGAAAUCAAAAUAAUUAUUUUGAUUAGAUUAAGCAAUAAAUGUAAAAAAUAGCUAACUAACAUGAAAGCAUAAUAAAAAGCAUGAUUUUUUUUUUGAUUUUUUUUAAACAUGAGUUAUCUAUUUUUGCAAAUAAACUCUUCAUAUACUCUCAAACAGAGUAAGUUAGUUUCAGAUUCUGUUCAAAUGUUAGUGCUGCUGUCCCUCGAUCCUAAAUGUUUUGUGGAAAAUUACAUGUGCCACACUAAAUAUUUGAGUUUCUCAUGUUUGUAGAAUACUGCUCAAAAAGGGACAUUUUUAUAUGUUGAAAUUUUUUUAAUAUUAUUACUUAUUAAAUGCAGGUUUGAAGUUCUCAAGAGGUAUAAGAAGAGUUUAAGAGGUAAAUCUGUAGGACAGCGGCCCUUUAGGACCAUGUUUGGACACCCCCGGCCUUGAAAUUAAAUUUUUUUUAGUUUUUUAUUAAUCCAGCUGUCAUAAUGCUGUUAUGUCAUUGGCAUCGCCCACUAUUACCUGAUUUCCUCUCUGUUCAAGUCUGUGGUGGAAAUCUGGCAGAAUGACAUGGAACAAAUCAAACCUUUUAAUUAUAUAAAAUGUUCCGGCCUUCUUUGUCUAUUAGUUUAAUUUCAAUUUCAUCUUCAUUUAUCUCCCAUAAACAGCAUCUCAUAUGUAACAUUCUAAUUUGUUUUUAGAUUAUUCAAAAUAACUGAAUGAAAUUUGGUUUCUUUUUAUGUUUUUUUUUUUUUUUUUUUUUAAUGUGAAAAGUGUAGGAGGGAUACGGUUCAUGUUUCACUACCGUCUCAGCAGGACACAUGAGAAACUGCACUAUCAUCACCUAAUCUGUUGUUUUACUGCUGACUCCACAGUCUGACUAAAAGAAGCGCAGUAUUUCACAGUACAUGACCAUUUAUCAGCAGGAACAGCAUUAGCAAUUUCCUUCCAGAUAGGAUACAAGUAAAGAGAACUAAACUGUGUCUGAAACACAGACACCUCAGCUCUUUAAAAUUCAGGUCACGACCACGUUUCCUGUAGAAAAAGCUGCCUGACUACAAAUUAGACUUCUUUAACUGGACACAUAGUAUGGAAACCCUGUAAAUUACUUUUGUAACAUUUCAUGUUGUUAUCAAUAAAGGUCCUUAUUUUUG